AUGGGCAUCAAGGGACUCUAUGACUUUCUGAAGGCUCAGGCCCCGUCGGCGAUCCGGGAGUGUCGACCAGAAGAGUUUGCGGGGAAGAGGCUGGCCAUAGAUGCCUCCAUUUGGAUGUAUCAGUUCAAGACCAAGAUCCGUUAUGAAGAUAAGAUGCUCACCAACAGCGAAGGUGUGUGCACUUCCGGAGUCCAUGGCUUCCUACACCGAACCAUCAAAAUGCUCGAGCUGGGUAUCCGGCCCAUCUUCGUGUUUGACGGCCACCCCCCUGCUAUGAAAUACGACUGCCUCAAGGAGAGGCGCGUACAGGCCAUGAAGUAUAAGAAAACUGCGUCGACUCCCGCGGAAACGUCCAUGCCGGCUUCAGAGGCUCCCUCCAGGUCGGUCUCAAUGGAGAUUGACAUCGAUCGUAGAUUGAAACGCCUGGUAGUUCACCCGCCUCUACUAACCCAUCGAGCCAGCACUCUCAUUGCCGCACCUCAGGCGGAGGCGACCUGUGUCCGUUUGUGUAAGGAAGGCAAGGCCGAUGCCGUCUCAACAGAGGACAUCGAUGCAGUCGUGUUCGGUGCUCCGAUAGUCCUCAAAAAUCUGUCCAACACAUUGCAUCGUCUCGAGCAGAACAGUAGUAGUAGACCAUAUUCUCGAUCGAAGGAGGUCCCCAAUAACUACGUUCGAGAGAUAUCACGAGACGUGGUUCUUGACAGUCUGAGUCUGACCGCUGAGGGCUUGGCUGAGCUGGCCAUUCUCUGUGGCUGUGACUACUGCCCGAGCAUCCCCAAGAUCGGUCCCACUCGAGCCUAUGGCCUCCUCCUUAAGCACGGCAGCAUCACGUCCAUUAUCACCGCUAUAGAGGGUUCGAAGACCUACAAAGCACCAUCCGGUUGGGCGUACCGAGAAGCGAAAGAACUUUUCCUCAAUCCGCUCACCACUGAUGAAAUUUUUCCCCGAUCAAAGAUGAACGUGGAUGCUCUCGCUGACCUCCUUGUGCAUCGGUUGGACUACAACCCGGCUCGCGUCGAUAACAUUAAAAACAGACUCGAUCGCAUCGGAGGCACCGCCACCCAGACGGCCGAACGUGGGAAACGGCAAGCGACACUGUUGGAAUUCCCUUGGACACCCGGCCCGAAGCGAGCGAGGAAGAGUAUGGGGGAGUCCUCUACUCCAUCGACCGCUGCUCCCUCCCCUCGACGGCAUCAUUGUGACACUACCGUGAUUGACUUGGAUGAGAUACCUUCCUCAUCAGACGAGUCCCGUAAUAUGUACAGUGAAUCAUUCAUCAUCUAG